AUGUCCUUGUCGCCGCCGUCGGACAAGCACGUCUUUCCUCCAGCAGAACUCGAAGACGCGCGCAAACCAGAGGCUGCUGCUCAUUGGGAAUCACUUCAACCACCUCCAAACAGCGCGUUGAUUGCGCUCGCACACAGGAUGGGGAUAGCGACCAUCUUUGGCUCGUCAACUCCUGCGAAGGCAAAAGCAAAGUCGACCCUGGACGACGAACAGAUGGCGUUGCUCAUUCGACAAGCCUGCACACACGAUUCGUUUGCACGGCAACAUGCUACAGUAUAUCCAGACGAGUCCGUACCUCCGACAAACGGAAUGCUCGCGUCGUUGGGCAAUACGCUGCUGGGCUUGUUCGCGACUGAACAUUUGAACGCGAGCUACCCGCAUCUCCCGACCCGCGUACUCAAAGCAGCAACCAGCGCGUAUGUGGGCCAUCAAACGUGUGUCAAUGUUGCACAGGAGCUUGGUGUUGCUCCGCUUGUUCGAUGGCAUCGACAGCUAUCAUCAGCUUCACGGCAAUCCGUUACCUAUGCAGAUGCGUUGGCCUCUGUUCCGCGUGCGCUCACUGCGCUCAUCUACCACCACCGUUCUCUUGCUGUCGCGCGCAAGUUUGCGCACACUUUUUUCUUGAGUAGGCUCGUAGAUCUACGAGGGCUCAUCAAGUUUCGAGAUCCAAAACUCGCAUUGAGUUAUACGGUUGAGAGCUUUGGUCGGGAGCGGCCUAUAUCCAAAUUACUACGAGAGAGCGGUCGUGGCACGAAUUCACCAAUCUAUGUCGUCGGGAUAUUUUCUGGUGUGGACAAGCUUGGAGAGGGGUUUGGAAGCUCUCUCAAAAUGGCAGAAUUUCGGGCUGCCGAAGACGCACUCCAUCGUCUUUAUUUGACCCGUGUUCCUUCCGACAUGGUCUCUCUCCCUACCACUGCCUUUCCUACUCCUGCACCAAAGGAAAAGCUCUCUGUCUUUGAUGCUAUUAGCAAAGGUGCUAUAACGCAAGCACCCUACGAACCAUUCUCCUUCCCGACUUUCGGCUCCUCUUCACAAGAGCGGAUGACGACAAUAGGUCAAUCCGAAAUCUUGUUCGGUAUCAAUGACAAGAAAGACGUCAACGUCGUCGAGGACUUGAAGCGACCGUGGUGGCGACCCGCGGGCGAUUAUCCGAUCAAUAGCCCUCAAGCAGAGCGUGUCCGAGAGAUCAAGGCGCAGCGAGAGGCGGAUCGAAAACGAGCUGUCGCAGAGAGAGAAUCAGAGGGUCGCCCAGAGGCAAAGGAGGAGGUUAUCGAGCGACAAGGACGGAUGAGAACUGCAGAGGAUAUGCAGGCUUGA